UUCCAUUCCAUCGCACAAAGCAAAGCACAAUCCCAGUCUCUCUCUCUCUCUCUCUCUCUCUCUCUCUCUCUCUCUCAUCUCCUAUAUAAACACCCAAACGAGAGGAAGAAGAAUAAGAUUUGUUCAUUCAACCCCAUCAAUCAAUCUCUGCUGUUGCUUCGAUAAUAAAAUUUAUAUAUUAAGAGAGAGAGGUAUGGGAUGGGAGCUCAGAAGAGCAUCCAUGCCGGCAAAGCAAAGAUAGACUUCAACGUUGAUCUCACUCACAAGCUCUGUACUGCCCUCAUGCUCCCUCCUCCUUUCAGGCACUCGAGCAAUCCCUUUUCACAGGUUAUCGGAAGUCUUUGCAUCAAGCACCCUAACCUUUUUGGUAAAAGUGAGAAGUUGGAUGUGUCAUGGGACAAGGGACUCUAUGAUUCAAAUAUCUUGAUAGCUUACAGGAAGCCAAGGCCCGAAUGGCUUGCCCAACAAUCUUUUGUUAUUCAGCAUUCGAUUACUCCUGAGAUCGGGAUCCAUGGUUUGCCAGCUGACAAUUUCUCCCGUUCGGGUAGUGGGGGUGUCAAUCUGUGCCGUUUCUCUACUGGCAUAGAUCUCAAUGAGCCUGCGACUUCCAAUUGGUGCAGCACCACCAGCAUAAAAUUUGAGCAUGUUCGUCCAAUCAACGAUGAUGGCCGUUCGAUAACAAGGGACCUUGAUGGGUUUCCAGUUACUUGCAGUGGAAAUGUCCAUGAUAGCAUGGUGGUUUUGAAGCAAGAGUCGAGUUAUGCAAUUGCCAACGAUCACACCUUCUCUCAACUGAACUUUCAAAUAGAGCAAGGAAUUCCUCUUUUAUCGAAGUGGCUGAUUUUCAACCGAUUCAAGUUUGUUGUAUCAAAGGGAGUUAAAUUGGGACCGGCAUUUCUCUUGACAAGCCUGACAGGUGGUUCCAUUGUAGGGGACAUGGCUCCAUAUCAAGCAUUUGCAAUUGGAGGACUUAAUAGCAUUCGAGGGUAUGGUGAGGGUGCAGUUGGCUCUGGGAGAUCAUGCCUAAUUGUUAACAGUGAAAUAAAAGUUCCUAUGGCAAAGGGAUUGGAAGGUGCCAUUUUUAUGGACUGUGGAACAGAUUUGGGCUCUGGUCACCAUGUCCCUGGCAAUCCUGCUCUCAGGAAAGGCAAACCUGGGUCUGGACUUGGUUUUGGGUAUGGUCUUCGAUUCAACUCAAGUUUAGGUCAGUUCCGGAUUGACUAUGCAAUGAAUGCGUUCCAACAGAAAACUGUUUACUUUGGCAUUGGCAAUGUCACCUCAUGAAAGUUUUGAAAGGCCUACAACUAAUCCAUUUCAUAUUAACAAAAUUCAAAAUUCAAUGCGAAAUGUUGCAUGCAAUGAAAUUUAGCAUGCAUUGUUUUCAA